UGUGCGAUUCAGAUCAUGGAGAACCUUCUCUGUCCUCUGAAAAGCGCUAUUGCUACCUGGCAGCAAUCCAGUCCUUGCUGGGUGAUCGAUGCCAUCGUGGGCAUCGUGUGUGGGGUGCUGCUCUUCCUUGUGUGCACCCACUGCUCCGAGAGUGAUGGACCCUCACCACCACCGAGGGAACAUAGAAACACCAGGAAGCGUUCAGUGGUGCCCAGGAGGAGCAGCAGGAGCAGGAGCAGGAGGAAAAGUGGAGCUUUGAAAGGCUACAGAGAGUGCCUGCAGUACCUGCAAAAGGCUCGGGAAUUGAUUAGUCUUCUGCGAAGCCACCUGGGGAGGCCCCCUGACCAGUGCGGUUUUCGUCAGCGCUCCCAUCAAGACAACUCAGCUUCCCAGGAGCUCCAUGACCGCAGUACAAGUGGAGGGCGCUGCCAGCAGGAGCCCCUCAGAACGCAGGACCCAUGUCGCAGACAGAGCAAGAAGUGUGUCCCCACUGAGGAGAGGGAGGGCAACAGGAGGCCGGAUCCAGGGAAGCACAGAGGGGGCUCAGCAGCACUGAGGGCCUCUCAAGCCAGUGGGAUGAGCACUGCCCAGGAUCAGAAAUCAGCAGAGCCAGUCAGAAGCCAGUCCUGCCAGGGCUUGUGGGAGGGACAGGCCCCUGCAGAAAGCCUGUUCAAGACGAGGAUGAGGCACCUUCUGCAGGGGGUGCUCCCCAGGAAAGGCAAAGGACGGGAAGGUCCCCAGCACAGAGGCCCGCCUGCAGCAGCCACUGCCCGCAGCUGGGGGCCAGGCAGACGCAGAUCGGUGAUGGACAGCAGAGCUGCGGAGGCUCGCGUGCUCCAGACAGCUGCUGGCCCAGAGGAGGGCACAGCACUUCACCCGGGACUUCAUGCCCCAGAGGUACAUGGGCACAAAGGAGGACUCCAGGCUCCAGCAGGUCCCCAUCUCAGCCGCCUCGGGGUACUCUGCCACGGAGGGGUGGCCCGUGAUCACCACGCCACCCCCAGUGGCCACAACAAGAGCGGGUGGAGCACAACUGGGGACAGCAAGGGGGCCUUCCCACCCAGGGAGCCAGAGGCCCCAGGCAGACACUGCCAGCAUGGGCCGAGGGUGGCAGGGCCCUCAGGCCGACCCCGCCGCUGCCCAAGGCCCUGUCCCAAGGCAAGAUCUGACUCCUGGGGUCGGCCAGAGCACGCUGCGCAUGUCCUUCCUGAUGGGACUUACGUACAAGAAAGCACAUUUGCUGUGUACAGGGAAACCCUUUCCUCCUGUGUGCGCCCAACACCAGCAUCGUUGCCUCUCCUCUCAUGGACAAGGACAACGACAACAGUGGUGACGGUGGGGUGGGCCGGUGGGGGACACAGAAGUGAUAAAUAGUGAUGGGAAAAAUGAUAAUAAAAUUUUUAAAACUUUC